UUUAGCGCCACACCAAUCAUUUACGCAAAAAUAUAACUUAAUUUUUUGGUUGGAAUCUGAGAAUCUGAAUUUACCCAUGAAGAGUAAUUUUUUCAACUUAUCCUAAUUCAAGCAAAUGUGCCUUUUACGCAGUCACAAUUCCUUAUCCUGCGCAGUCGGAGCCGGAUCAACGCAGAAUGGGGUGCUUCGUCUGCGAUUAUUUCCAGUUUUUGGUAUUCUUAUGAUUUUGUACGGAGUUCUUCCAGUCAUUUCAACCGAUUAUGGCAAUCAACAUCGCAAUAACAGUUUUAUUUCCCGGACGCGACGAAGUGUGGGAUACGAAAAUGUUGUGAUUACUGUGCCUUCUAACCCGAGCCAUAAGCCGUGGGAAAAGGUUACUCCAGAUCAGUGCAUUUCCUUUCUUGAAACUAGUGGUUUAUUAACAGGCCAAGAAGGAUGGUGUCCUGGUGUAACGGAUGACGUACUAUGCUGGCCAACAACUGCACCCGGCGAAACCAUCCUGCAGCCAUGUCCCAACAUGACUGGCACCGAUACCACCAAAUUUGCAAAUAAAACUUGCGACAUGAACGGGACUUGGGAGAGCAAGCCGGACUCCGGGGAUGCCGGGUACACCUACUACGAUGACUGCUUUAACGACGACACAAAACAAAUGUUCGAAACGUACUAUGGUGGUUCUGCCGAAGCGGCAAUAAUACGCCAGAAAUUCGAAGCUCUGCACAACCAGUCCCAAUCCAACCAAGGCGCUUCCGAUAUCUCUCACACGUCGAGCAGUUUAAACAUCCAGGCAUCAAAUACUUCGCGUUCCAGGGAAUUUUCUAAACUUCCCACACCUUUCAUCUGCAUUUUCUGCACUAUUAACCUUUGAUAAAGGUUGGCGGGAUGGUGAUGAAAAUCAACUGAAGUCGAGACUGCCGCCUCUUUAGCAUAUACCGUAACCUUGCAACUGCAAGCAGCAGAAGAAAAACUUUCGCGACAGUAAAAG